AUGAUCUUUAACAACAAUGGAGCAAGUGACCCUCUUCAACAAUUCAAUCCCUCUACUCUCUCAGUAGACAACAAACAAAAAAUAAACACAGAGCGGAAAGGCUACAUCGAGCUCGCCCGAUUUAUCUUCGGGGAUAACUGGCAGUUCACAAAGUAUAUCCUCACCUUUGUCUGUGGAUAUCUCUCCGAUUCAGACCCAUUGACAUUGAAAGUCGUGGGUUUGUUAGGUGUUGGUACAGAUCUGGCUUUUGCAUACAGAUCUGUCAUAUCUGGAAAGCACAUGAUGGGCGAAUCUAGAUAUACAUCCAUGGAACAACAAAUAAGUGAGAGCGAUAUAUACGCGACGUUAGAGACUCUACGUCUGGAGCGAUUACCUUCUGGUACCACGGAUAUUAACCGGUCUGCAACAAACCCUCCCAGAGUGAUCAAAUUAAUGAAGUCAUUUUACGACGAUGCUCAGUGGGAAUUCAUAAAACUCGCUAUUGAGUGGGGCUUUGAUCGAUCAUAUUACACAUGGGCAAAAGUCACUCGGCUCCACAAAGAGGGAAUCAAAGUAGCCGAAGAAUGCAGACGUCUACUUGCCUCUAAAAAUAUUGAGGAAGAAGAAGUAAAUAGAACAUUGCGUAAUUAUCUCGACGAGAAUUGUUUCGAUAUCAACGAGGCUGAUGUGGGAGCUACGUUGGAUAUUGUGCAGGCUUGGGAUUACUAUAUGUCUCGUGAUGGAGACAAGAUUUCCAAAUUCUUAGAUGAUGUCAGGAAUGUUGACAAAUAUUAG